GCAAGCUUGCCCGACUCUCAUUCCUCUGUCCUGCUUUAUCGAGCUUUAUGGAGCAGAAGAUAGAUAGAUGCUUCUACGGAGCAGGACAGCAAGCCCGACUGGCCGAUGAUCACGUGCGCAACUUUUCGCGCGGGACUGGCAUCAUGUCCGAUGUGAAGGACGCGUUACCGGCGUUGUGCAAAUACAUCAAUUCCUUAAUACACGUAGAUUUGAUACCCGAGCACCUGAGACUGGCCAAAUACAACGUCCCGGACAAAAGCGCUGCCGAGACGCUGUGGAACACGCUGCGCAUUCUGAGCUAUCACGCUGCGAAGGAAAAACGGAGCGACAUAGAUUUCCGUGAUUACGACGCGCUGUCAGCGGUGAGAUUACAUCUCGCAUUUCUACAAUACCCGGUGAUCGAGUUUUACAGUUUGUCAAAACAAAACGGCGAACAUAACAGAGAUGCGUUGAUAGCUUUAGCUUGGCUUUUGGGAACGCAAGAUGUUUUGACUGCUAUUCUUCGAGCAAAACUGACCGAUAGCGUCUUGGGUGCCGAAUGCUCAUCUGCAAAUCCUCCGGAACCUCCGUCGUUAAUUACCGUGCCGGAUGAUGAAUCGUUAUCGACGGACGCACGACUCAGCCGUAUUGUGCAUUUAAACACCACGGUAAAUCUGAACCUGCGGGAGAUCAACGAGCUGACCUGCGAGCGAGCCAAAUUGACAUCCAAGGUGCACGCGGCGAGCAUCGGCGUGAGCGGUCUACCGCAUCUGAGCGUGUCCGAAUUGGCGUUGACGAAACAUCUCGCGAGGGCGCAAGUCCUCGGUGACGGAGGAGGCAAGAAUACGGAGGAGGAUCGACGACGGCUGCGAGAAUUCCGCGAGAUUGGAGUCCUGCUCGACGCGCGUGCCAAAUGGCUGCGGAAGCGCCAUAUAUUCUUCGACUGGAUGACUACAGUGCUUCAGGAGCAUAAAAAAUCCAUGGAAUCGAAUCCGGUUGUAAUCUCUACGCAAGAACUUCUUGCGUUUAGUUCAUUGUUACGUCAUGUAAUUAGAGACAAACUUCGAGAUUCAACAUCUGAAAUAAGUGGUGGACAUGGAAACACGAUCUCAAAUUGUCCGUCUCGUGCAAACAGAAGUCAAUGCGAUAACAUCGAAGCGCAGAAUUGGAUAGACGAUUUGAAUGAGCGUCAGAAUCGCGAGGAAGAAAAUUUUCAACAAAAUAAGGAGCGAUUAGUCGAUGAAUUAAGGGAAAUGUUGAAGUUGAUACCGUCCGUUGUUCACGUCUGAUCAACAUAUGUAUGCUAUUAUAUAUUAUAUUUUGUAGAUGUAUACAUCACAUAAAAAAGUAUUAUUUAUUAU